AUGGUUCCCGAAGCCCUCAGCGACUGGGGCCAAGGAUGGAUCCUUACCACCGCCUCGUCCGUGCUAUGUGUGUUGGGGUGUGGAGUGAUCUACUACGACGACCUCUACUACCUUUUGUUUCCGCGCUUCAUCACCUCCCGCUACGGGUUCCACAUCAAGGAGAACUACACCUUUUUGAACGGCUCGUUGGCGUUCAGCUCGGGGUGCUUGUUGUUCACGUCGUUGUACCGGCUCCUCCCUGCCGCCAUGAACUACUUGGGCGAACGCCUGGACGAUGAUCUGCUGGAUGACCUGGCCAGCGCCAAGUGGCGCAACUUCGACUUGAUGGCGUCGUUCGUGUUCGGCGUGGCCUUGUGCUUGUCGUUCAACUACAUCUUGCACUUAUUGACCAGCGAGUCGGUGGUGCACUGCAAUCACGGCAGCGACUCUGCGCUGGUCCACACCAAAGACGUCCACAAGCACACCACCCGCGAAACGACCUCUGACGACGACGACGAAUCUCAUUCCAGCGACCACUCGCACUCCCACAGCCUGUCACUGGCCCAGUCUCACUCCCACUCGCAUUCGAGGGACACCAGCGACGAAACCGCCCCAUUGGUGCCCAAGGUCGUGAGAAAGAAGUCACUUAUCCACUACAUCAUUCCUGCGGAGGACGAGGCAAUUGGCGAGUGCAAGGGCUACUCAUCGGCAGAGUUGUGCUUGUACAAAACCAAUUCUCACAGUAAUGGGCCCAACAGUCUCCAUUACUGCGAGAUCCCUGAGCUCACCAACCAUCCAGACUUGGAAGCCGAAGCCACAUCGUCGGGUCACAGCCAUCUGCACCACCACCACCGCACCAACGAGGACCACUCCACACACCACGACCACCACCACCACGUCAACUCGCCGUACUCGCGAUUGCUCUUGAUCGGUGUCCAAACAAUCUUGGCUAUCACCCUCCACAAGUUCCCCGAGGGCUUCAUCACCUACAUUACAUCCGAGACCAACCCUGAACUAGGAGUGACGAUCUUUAUCAGCUUGUUGUUCCACAACUUCACCGAGGGGUUCUCAAUGUGCUUGCCGUUGUACUACUCGUUUGCCUCGGGGUCCAGCAAGAAGUACGCAAAGCUCAAGGCGUGGGCCAUUAGCGCCACAUUGGGCGGGUUGGCCCAACCGUUGGGGGCGUUGAUCGGGUUUUUCUUCCUCGGCUCCGUGCCCAACGAUGCCGACAACAUCGACUUAGACAAGCUCAACUUCAUUUUUGGCAUCACGAUGGCCGUUACCAGUGGCUUUCUCUGUGUGAUUGGGCUCUCGAUGUACGGCUCGGCUGUUUCAUUCGGGGGUUCGCUGAACUUCGUGCUCCUCUGGAGUGUCACGGGUAUGGCCGUCAUCGGUAUUUCCAACAUCCUCUCUGCUUCAUAG